GGCCUAUUCCGCGUUUCUAAGCAACCAACUUCCGGCCACUCUGCCCGGAGUUAUCCGGACGGAGUACAUCUCCGGUGACAGAGUUGGGGCAGAGCCCCCGGCGGAAUUUCAUCAUCUAACAGCAAUGAGGCUUGUCAUCCGCGGAUUCCUCCCCCAAGAUUCACUGCUCAUAGCCCCGUCCAUGGCAUCCGGCGUCAUUCGUGGUGGGUUACCGUGGGGCACUUCGAUAAUCUUUUACAACACGAACAUGGAAGUGGUCUUUCAUCAAGGUCUGUCGCCCAGAAUAGAGAACGCACAAACCUUGCAAGUCGUACUCCUAGCAUCUUGGUUAAAGUUCUACGGCUUGGAGGAAGACCUCACUGUUGCACUGGUCAGGGGGGUAUACCACACCGGGCAGAUUCCGGCCGUUCUGCCCGGAGUGAUCCGCAUGCGCUACGUCUUGGACGAUGACAGCUUUGGCACAGGGCCGCCCCUCCAUUUAGAUGAUCUAGCUGCCGUCGAGUUGGUGAUUGAGAGAGUCCUAUACAACAUAUUCGGUUUUUGAUUUUGGAUUCGUAUAUACUUCUUGUUGCAUGCAGAUCGAAGAGUACGUUUGUGUGUUUCAUAGAGUUUCUACAUAUUUUUUUUUGGAAAAUUUUAUGGUACCUAUGUGAAACGGUAUGUACCCGUACAAACUCCACAUGUCACGUAUGUAGAACAAGGUAAGGAUAUUGCAAUUUAA